AUGACUCCCUCACUACAAGACGCAAAGAUUACUUUCCUCGGUGGCGGCAACAUGGCCGCUGCCAUCAUUGGCGGUCUCCUCGCCAAGAACAUCAACAAGCAAAACAUUUAUGUCUCUGAACCCUGGGACGUCAACCGCAACAAAAUGGCCGACCUCGGCGUCCGCACCACCGCUGACAAUAAGGAGGCCGCUACCGAUGCUGAUGUUGUAAUCCUCGCCGUAAAGCCCCAGGUUGCCAAGGGUGUUUGCGAAGAGCUUAGCUCAGCUUGGUCUGGACGCGAUAGCCUGCCUGUUGUCAUCUCAAUUGCUGCUGGAAUUACCCUUGCUAGCAUUGCACAGUGGUUCAAGGGAGACAGUGGAAAGGCCCCUCAUAUUGUUCGUGUCAUGCCCAACACGCCUGCCUUGGUUGGAGAGGGUGCUUCAGGCCUGUAUGCUGCCGAAGAUGUUACUGGUGCUGAGAAGGAGUUGACUUCUGCUCUCCUGGGCAGUGUCAGCAAGGCCACUGAGUGGGUUGACAAGGAGGAGCUUCUUGAUGUUGUCACCGGUAUCUCUGGUUCUGGUCCUGCUUACUUCUUCGCUUUUGUCGAGCACCUCAUCUCCAGCGGCGUCAGCCUGGGACUUUCCCAGGAGCAGGCAACUCGCCUUGCUACGCAGACUUGCCUAGGUGCUGGAAAGAUGCUCGUCGAGUCGUCCGAUGAGCCUGCCCAAUUGCGAAAGAACGUUACCAGCCCUAACGGCACUACCCAUGCUGCUCUUGUCAGCUUUGAGGAGUCGGGAUUGAAGGAGAUUGUCAACAAGGCUGUCAAGGCUGCUGCUGACCGUGCUCAAGAGCUUGGAAAGAACUAA